GGGCGGCUGGCCCCGCGACCGGGCGCGGCGACGGCGAGCGCGACGCGGGCCCCGCGCGAUCCCCCGGCGCCCCGCCUCCGGAGCAGCCCCUGCCGCCAGCCACCGCCCCCCGGCCGCCCCGGAACGCCGGAGACGCACGGCGCCCAGCGGACGGGCCGCGGGGAGCUGGGUCCCCGCACCCGAACGGAGACGCGGGCGGCGCUGGGCGAGCGCGGGGCCUCGGGGGGCGAGACCUGCGGAGCCUGCGGCCGGCGGGAAGGUCAGGAGGAAGAGAAGAGAGUAAAUGAAGAGAGAGAACUGGAAUAGCUCCUCCCAGAAGAAAAGGGAAGCAAGCUUGGCUGCAGACCCCAGUCUUGCAAAGCAGCAGCCCCGCCUGGGAGCAGGGUGGUGGCCUGGGCAAUGGUGAGAGCCCUGAAGAUGUCCCAUGGCUGCUGAGGGGGCUGCCUGGUCAGGAAGCGGAGUGGUGGGCAUGGUGUGCAGCCUGUGCAGCCUGGUCCUGGUGUCCUCAGUUCUGGCGCUGGAAGAGGUAUUGCUGGACACCACUGGAGAGACAUCUGAGAUUGGCUGGCUCACCUACCCGCCAGGUGGAUGGGAUGAAGUGAGCGUUCUGGACGACCAGCGACGCCCGACUCGGACCUUCGAGGCAUGCCACGUGGCAGGGGCCCGUCCAGGCACCGGGCAGGACAACUGGCUGCAAACCCACUUUGUGGAGCGUCGAGGGGCCCAGAGGGCACACAUCCGACUCCACUUCUCUGUGCGGGCCUGCUCCAGCCUGGGCGUGGCCGGAGGCACCUGCCGGGAGACCUUCACGCUCUACUACCGCCAGGCCGAGGAGCCCGAUAGCUCCGAUGGCAUUGCCACCUGGCACCACAAACGCUGGACCAAGGUGGACACAAUUGCAGCAGAUGAGAGCUUCCCUGCCUCCUCCGCGUGGACUGUGGGGCCUCGUGGCUCCGGGCAGCGGGCUGGGCUGCAAUUGAACGUCAAAGAGCGGAGCUUCGGCCCCCUCACCCAGCGCGGCUUCUACGUGGCCUUCCAGGACACCGGGGCCUGCCUGGCCCUCGUGGCGGUCAAACUCUUCUCCUACGCCUGCCCCUCCGUGCUCCGUGCCUUCGCCUCUUUUCCUGAGACGCAGGCCAGUGGGGCCGGGGGGGCUUCCCUGGUGGCAGCCGUGGGCACUUGUGUGGCUCAUGCAGAGCCAGAGGAGGAUGGAGGGGGUGGCCAGGCAGGGGUCAGCACCCCCAGGCUGCACUGCAACGGGGAGGGCAAGUGGAUGGUAGCUGUUGGGGGCUGCCGCUGCCAGCCGGGGCACCAGCCCAUGCGUGGAGACAAAGCCUGCCAAGCCUGCCCCGGGGGCUCCUACAAGGCCUUGGCUGGGAAUGCUGCCUGCUCACCGUGCCCUGCCCGCAGCCAUGCCCCCGACCCUGCAGCCCCUGUUUGCCCCUGCCUCUCGGGCUUCUACAGGGCCAGUUCUGACCCCCCAGAGGCCCCCUGCACUGGCCCUCCGUCAGCCCCCCGGGAGCUAUGGUUCGAGGUGCAAGGCUCAGCACUCAUGUUGCACUGGCGCCUGCCCCAGGAACUUGGGGGGCGAGGGGACCUGCUCUUCAACGUCGUAUGCAAGGAGUGUGGAGGCCACCAGGAGCCGAGCAGUGGGACCGCCGCUUGUCGCCGCUGCAGGGAUGAGGUGCACUUUGACCCCCGUCAGAGGGGCCUGACUGAGAGCCGAGUGUUAGUCGGGGGUCUCCGGGCACAUGUUCCUUACAUCUUGGAGGUGCAGGCUGUCAACGGGGUGUCAGAACUUAGCCCCGACCCUCCCCAGGCUGCAGCCAUCAAUGUCAGCACCAGCCAUGCAGUUCCCUCUGCAGUCCCUGCUGUGCACCAGGUGAGCCGAGCAUCCAACAGCAUCACAGUGUCCUGGCCACAGCCAGACCAGACCAAUGGGAAUAUCCUGGACUAUCAGCUCCGCUACUGUGACCAGGCAGAAGAUGAAUCCCACUCCUUCACCCUGACCAGCGAGACCAACAUGGCCACUGUGACACAGCUGAGCCCCGGCCACAUCUAUGGCUUCCAGGUGCGGGCACGGACUGCUGCAGGCCACGGCCCCUACGGGGGCAAGGUCUAUUUCCAGACACUGCCUCAAGGUGAGCUGUCUGCCCAGCUUCCAGAGAGACUCUCCUUGGUAAUUGGGUCCAUCCUGGGGGCCUUGGCCUUCCUCUUGCUGGCAGCCAUCACCGUGCUGGCUAUUGUCUUCCAGAGGAAGCGGCGUGGGACAGGCUACACAGAGCAACUGCAGCAGUAUAGCAGCCCAGGCCUUGGGGUAAAGUACUACAUUGACCCCUCCACAUAUGAGGACCCCUGCCAGGCUGUCCGAGAAUUUGCCCGGGAGGUGGACCCUGCGUAUGUCAAGAUCGAGGAGGUCAUUGGGGCAGGCUCCUUUGGAGAAGUGCGCCGGGGCCGGCUGCAGCCCCGGGGACGGCGGGAGCAGGCAGUGGCCAUCCAGGCCCUAUGGGCUGGAGGGACUGAGAGCCUACAGAUGACAUUUCUAGGCCAGGCCGCAGUGCUGGGCCAGUUCCAGCACCCCAACAUCCUGAGGCUGGAGGGCGUGGUCACCAAGAGCCGGCCUCUCAUGGUGCUGACGGAGCUUAUGGAGCUGGGACCCCUGGACAGCUUCCUCAGGCAGCGGGAGGGCCAGUUCAGCAGCCUGCAGCUGGUGGCCAUGCAGCGAGGGGUGGCCGCCGCCAUGCAGUACCUGUCCAGCUUCGCCUUCGUCCACCGCACCCUCUCUGCCCACAGUGUACUGGUGAAUAGCCACCUUGUGUGCAAAGUGGCUGGUCUUGGCCACAGUCUUCAGGGCCCAAAUGGGAUGCUUCGCUGGGCAGCCCCAGAGGUCAUUGCACACGGAAAAUACACAACAUCCAGCGAUGUCUGGAGCUUCGGGAUAGUGAUGUGGGAAGUGAUGAGUUAUGGAGAACGGCCCUACUGGGACAUGAGUGACCAGGAGGUGCUAAAUGCAAUAGAGCAGGAGUUCCGGCUGCCGCCACCUCCAGGCUGUCCUCCUGCACUACAUCUGCUUAUGCUGGACACUUGGCAGAAGGACCGUACCCAGCGACCUCACUUUGACCAGCUGGUGUCUGCAUUUGACAAGAUGAUCCGCAAGCCAGACACUCUGCAGGCUGGCGGGGGCCCCGGGGACAGACCUUCCCAGGCCCUCCUGAACCCUGUGGCCCUGGACUUUCCUUCUCUGGACUCACCCCAGGCCUGGCUUUCGGCCAUUGGACUGGAGUGCUAUCAGGACAACUUCUCCAAGUUUGGCCUCUGCACCUUCAGUGAUGUGGCUCAGCUCAGCCUGGAAGACCUGCCUGCCCUGGGCAUCACCCUGGCCGGCCACCAGAAGAAACUGCUGCACAACAUCCAGCUCCUCCAGCAGCACCUGAGGCAGCCGGGCUCAGUGGAGGUCUGAGGCCCAGGCAGGAAGCUAUGAACUGACACUGCCUACGACCCAGCCCUGGACACAGGUCCAAGGAGGGAUAUGGGAGACGCAAGCCAGUCUCCAUCUUGGCCUCCAUGAGAGGCGCCCAGCACACUAAACCCGACCUUCCUGUGGAUGCUUCGUUCCCCAAUUCUCCACCCCUCCACCGUCCUCCCCACAUUAAAGGGAAAGAAGGGAUUUUGCAAGUUG